AUGUCUCAACAGAAAGGCGCCUACGGCGGUGCUCCGGCCUCAGAUGUCGAGUUUCGGACCUGGGACAAAGAAGAAUAUGCCAAAAAAGCCGCCGAUCAAGAAGCCAAGCGAAAAGCCGAAGGCAAAGCCCGAUACGAAGCAAAGCUGCUCGGAAAGAAAUACCAUGCUCCGGUAGACUACAGCUCUCUGGAAGCCACCACUGCGCGUACCUCACGAUUGGAUGUGGCGUCGAUGGUCGGCAAGACAACUAUUGUACCUGCAGGAGCGGCACUGGGAAAACGCGGAAGAGGAGCGGGAUUCUACUGCAAAGACUGUGAUUUGACAUUCAAGGAUAAUAUCCAGAUUGUGGAACACUACAACAGCAAGCAGCAUUUAAUUGCGACUGGACAGAGUGGAGAUGUUAUGCGGGCUUCUGUGGAGGAGGUGCGGGAGCGGUUGAGACUGCUUGCUCAUCGGAAGCGGGAGAGAGAGGAAGAGGAGAGGAGGGCUUGGCAGCUCGAUCUUGGAGAGCGACUUCGUGAACGAGAGGAAAUUGAUGCAAAGGAGCGGGAGGAGAAGAGACGCAAGCGGGCUGAGAAGCGGCGCAAGGGUGGCGAUGGGGUUAAGAAGGAAGAUGAUGGCUGGGAGGGAAGGUUGGGAAUUAUUGCUUGA